AUCAUCAUCUACAAUAAUAAAACUGAUUUAUUUUUAGAAGCUUUUGUCUCAGUUUAAUAACAGUUUCUAAAUCAAUUAAGAUUUAAUAUUAAUGAUAAUAAUAAGAAUAAAUAAAUAAAUUCAUAAUGGCUUUUUAUUCAUAGUUUUAAAAAAAUUUUAAAAAUGGAUAAAGAAUGGCUCGUUUUAUUAUAGAUUAUUUUAAUUGCCUGAUUUAGUUCAAAACCAUAAAAGUUGGUGGCAAUAUUAUGACCGUCACCAACAACAACAACACCAAAGAACAACAGAAGAGCAGCAAAAUCAUGCCAAAAAAUGACAAAAGCGGUAAUUUUAGCGCCAAUAGGAGCAAAAAACAUCAACAUAAGAAACCACGUCAGCCACAACAACCACAACAGCCACAGCCACAACAACGUCAGCAAAGUUUUAGAUCAAAAAACCAUGAAACCACAGCCAACAAUUCGAGAUCAGCUAGACGAUCUCGCAAAAGUAAACCAAAAAAGUACCUCCUAGCCAGUAAAAAAUCUUUAAAACGAAGACUUUUGAGGAAAAGACUUAACAAAAAUUGCAUCUACGUCCAGAAAAGUAUCGACGACUUAGUAAAGUAUUCCGAACUGGAGUUAAUAUCACCAAUUAGGCGCUUCACAUGCAGGAAUAUUCGACUGUUCGCCGUCCUCUACUCCGUAGUUUUGUGCUGUCGUGCUGCCGCUGAUGCCUACAUCGAAGGGAUGGCCCACCAAACCGAGCAGAAAUACUUCUUCUCUCGCGCAUCUCUCGAUUUUAUAAAUGGAGUCAAGUUACUCGGAAUUAUUUGCAGUUUAAUUUUGGUCGCGUUUUUCAGUAAGGAGUCCCAUCGGCCUCUCAUGAUAUUCGCCGGAGUGCUCCUGUGCUGCAUCGGAUCCAUAACUUGGCCCAUUCCCUACUUCGUGAAUGAGAAAUACUACACGAAUGCAAUAAAAAACUGCAGUCCAAAUUCCGGAUUAGGUUACUACUACUCGGAGAUAUGCACAAAACCGACCACCCUCAACGUUACAGCGUCCUGGAAAUCCAGUAAAGAUGCGUUGAAUCCGGCCUGCUCCAGGUGCAUCAGUGGUGCGGCUGAUGGGUCGUGGUGGAACGCCAGGGAGUCCGUGUACUGGUUGCUCUCUUUUGGGGGACUCCUUAUUGGCAUUGGAACUGGUUUGUUUGCCACCACGGGGAUUAUAUACGUUGAGGAGAACUGCGAGAAGAAUGAGCACGCCCCUCUCUACUAUGGAAUAUUCAUGAGUAGCAUGGGCUUUGGUCAUUUCAUAGGCUCCUGCUUGGUAUGGUGGUUUCUACGUUAUAAAGAAAACUUGACAGCCGUGAGCCACUUGGCAAUAUACGAAACGAGAGCCUGGUGGCUUGGGAUGGUCGUUCUGUCCUUCUUAUUCCUCCUCUGUUCCCUUCCUUUUCUAUUCUUCCCGAAAUACAUCAAAAAACCAGACUGGGUGGUUAGCAAUCAGUAUAGAACGUUCAAGGAGAUGAGCGAGCUGCUGGCCAAAUUGAAGUUAAAACGAAAAGAACUGCGAAAAAAAUCUCCAAAGAAUAAGAAACAGACGUCAGAUGAUCUCGCCAACAAAAAUUCGCAAGCAAAUCUUCUACAGACCGGCAUGACGAACCAAAAAGAAUUAACUUAUAAACAGAGCCGAGAUCAAAAUAAUGAUGAAGAUGACGAUGACGACUUCGACGAUGAUGUCAUUGAAAACGCGCAAACAAACGAAUAUCCUGGAUCAUAUACUAAUCAUGCUUACACCGACAACGAAAAUGAACGAGCACAGCAACAACAACAACACCAACAGCAACAACAACAACAUCAACAACAACAGCAACAACAAUCACACAUCGUCAUGAUUGACCAGCCUUCAAAAGGCGUCAAAUUCAACCCGGUUUUAACGUCAGCGAUCGAGUUAGAUGCUGAAACGUUCGAGAACGAAGAUUCGCCAGUGCGAGCACCACCAGCCUACUACCACAAAAAGAAAAUUAAAGUUUCGAAAAAAUUAGGAAUAAGGUGCUCUAUUUUAAAAGACCUCUUAAAGACCCCAUCUUACUCACUCAUCCUCGCCGCCAUCUGCAUAUCGGCUUAUUACACAGCCGGAUAUAGAACAUUCUUGGGCGAGUUCAUCCAACACGAGUACGACCAAGAUCCAAAUAGUGCCUGGUAUUACACCGUCGGUUUGUCAUACUCAAUAUCGUGGUCCAUUGGACCUGUCUUAGGAGCCUCUCUGAUUUACAAACUAAGUCUACAAUUAAAUCGGCAGCUAUUGCUGAUGGAGAUGCUCUUGGUUUUCCAUAUUUUAUUUGUCUUUGUCAUAUCUUGUUACGAUGCUUGCGGGUGUUCCAAUGUUAAGAGAGAAUUAGUCUGCAGCAGAAAUGACGUCACCGUCAACAACAACAACAGCAAUAAUGACGUCAUCAUUAGAGUGGGAGGAGUUAAAUAUCCUUCAAUGUGCCAUGCGGCUUGCCAGUUAACGUUGACGUGUUCUUGCGUUAACUUGCCAGUAAAUUCAGAGAAAUGCAUGGCCGAUAAUUGCAGUAUUUUUGGUUUGUUCUGGGUUUUUCUGUUUAUGGCCACACUAACUUAUUCUAUGGCGGCCGUUAUUGUUAUUUUGUUCUUUUUGAGAACAAUACACGAGGAACAUAGAACAAUGUCGUUGUCUUUGGCCAUCUGGCUCAUAAUAAUUAUUGCAUUCGUACCGGGUCGAGCCGUAUAUCGAGCCAUAGGCGAGAGUACAUGUAUCGAAAAACAUACCGACUGUCUCGGCGAUUCCUUCUGCUGGCGAUACGAUAAAGCUCGGUUGCGUUACGUAUUCAACGGUUCGAAUAUCGGUUUUCAAUUUGGCGCUUUACUGAUAUUCAUAGCCAUUCACGUUCUAGCGAUGUACAACAAACUCCGAUUUGAAUACCGGUUCGUGUGCUACGAUAAUUACGGUUACGAAGUGGGCGGUGAGGGACCGACAUCAACUAACUCAUCCCCUGAAAAAUCGUCUUCCCCAGCUAACGGAUAUUCAAACGGGUUUAAGAAUAGGGACAGCACUGAUCGGCAACAUUCAAAACAUUAUCAACAACAACAACUCGAUUGCAGUAACGAAAAUUUUGAAGAGAGCCAGGAAGAAAAAUUACGUCGUCACCAAAUGGCCAUCGAGAAGCAAUUAGACAAAAGAAACUCCAACGAAAUUAUCAACAAUUAUAACAAUAAUUAUGUUACUAGUUAUGAUAAUUAUAACGGUGAUGAUGAAGAUCAUGACAAUAACAACAACAACAACAACAACGAUGAUUUAGAAAAUGCGAUUGUUAAUGAUGAUAGCAACCCACACAACGUUCGCUAUAUUGAUUUUUCUGUUCUGUCAUCAUCUAACAGCAGCUUGUUUAAUGGGCAACAACAACAUCAGCAACAACAUCAACAACAAAACUAUGAUGAUGAUAACAUUAGCAGACAUAGUGAUCAACAACAAAAUGACUUUCAACAACAACUCCAACAACUUCAACAACAACAACAACAACUUCAACAACAACAACAACAACUUCAACAACAACAACAAUUACCACAAAUUGACGAAUUAAUCGUAGAUCAACAUGACCAUAUAUACGAAACGAGUCACAUAUUAGGCAAUGAUAAUAACAACAACAACAACAACAACAACAGCAGCAGCAACAACAACAACAAUAAUAAUAACAAUAAUGAUGACGUUUAUGAUGACAAUGAUUAUGUAGUUUAUUUAUAA